AAAACUACUAACACUUUUCUCUUUAAUAGAUACAAAAUUUCUUUCGUGAAAAAUAUUUUUUUAAGUUUAUAACUUCAAGUAACUUCUAGAAACUAAUAUAUUGUCUAAGCAAGACUUCUAGAAAUAAAAUCUUCAGGUAUAUUUUCACUUAUAAAACAUCUCAGGAAAGUCAAACGAAACUCAUAUUUCUGCUGAAAAGCUUGCCUCGCGGUCGAGUCUGACCUUAGUAUAACGCUUUCAUCACUUUUGUUUUAGCCUCUUCAAUCUUACUCAAAGGCCUGUCAUUCCCGUGGACGGAGUCUGCAACGUCCGCACGUCCAUACAUAUUAACUAUGGGAUCAAAAGUAUUCAAAAGUUGUAUUUCUAUCCAUAAUUUGGCAGAGAUAGUACGUGAUGGUAGUAUUAGUACAAUAUGCUUCCAGUUUUACGUAAGUAGGUCUGUAUUUCGGCUCGCGUCCAAAACGGUACUUGUUGCGAUAUAAAUUCAAUUUAGUACUUUUGCCCCCGAUAGUGUUUCUGAACUAACCACUUUGCCACUUAAUAUUUUAUGACAGCUACUUUUAUGGCACUUCGUUAUGGUAAUUGUAUUCGUGUAGUUGUGUUAUAAUUGAUACUAGAAAUAGGUUUUCAAUACAGAGAUGUAGGAAACCCUGCGGCGUUAUUGCUACAAGAUAGCUGUGAUUGUUAAUUUUAUAAGCGCAGUUUUGCAUGUAAUGAUUUUUCUACUGGCUUUAAAAAGGGAGAGGUUUUAAAUUUUGCUGUUUUUUAUCAAACGUGAAAUAGCUUGCGUCGCAUAAAAAUGUCGUCGAAUUUGGCUGAGUUGUUUGGGUUUUGAAGUCGGUUGUAUGUUUUUGUUUUUAUAACAAUAUUAUGUACAAUGUUUUCUUUCGUUGCUAUAUUGCCUGACAUUGAACAUAACACUAAUAAUUAUCUACAACUUACAAAAGAUUCAAAAUACUUUGAAACUGCAAAGUACUUACCGUCGUUUUAGAUAGUCGGAUAUGGAUUCCAACCCCUUUUAUCUCAUAUAGUAAUCUUCUCAAAGACUCUCUCAAACGAUUCUGAAAGAAUGCAAUAAAAGAAUUUCCCCGCGAGUCUGCAUUGUCAGACAAAUUAGUAAUUCUUCGAACGUUGUACCCAUAAUAGUUGGGGCGAAUGCGGUCAAGCCACCGAAGAAUGUUAGGUAUUCAUCCUAAUCUGUAGUACAAGAUUUUUACGUGUAACUUUUUCAAACACAGCUUGUGAUGUAGUCAGUAGAUCUGACGAGCGAUUCAUAAUUUUAAAAACUGGGCUAAUUAUUUUUUGCAAAUUAAAUUAUUAACUUGUUGAAAAAUAUUUUAGUAGUGCAAAAUAAUGUAUCUCUUCUUUAAAUUAGGGACACGCACUAUAUAAGUGAGUUUUAUAAUUCUGUUUUCCUUGGAAAUAUACUUGGCAGUGUAAGCGAAUUAGGGUAGUAUACAAAGUGUCUUUUACGGUGUCUAAGGCUGUCUGAGCCGAUUGCAUUACCUGACGGUGUAGGAAGCCACGUGUAGCACGUUCUCACAUAAUAUACAAAACAACUACCAAACCUAGACCCUUUGUAAGUAUAGAGACUAAAACCUCCCCUUAUACGAGCAUUAACCAUUCCCCUUUUCUGCACGUUUUUUACUUUCACAUAAUGCACUUUUAUAAAGUGGGUAUUCCACUUCAUUUUUAAAAGACUGUUAGCAUAAUACUUUUAUUCCCAUCUUCUUGAAAUGUAGAGCUUUUUACUUAAAUAAUGUUAACCCUUUUGUUAUUUACCAACUUCGUCUGAUAAAGUUCUGCCUAAGAAAAGAUACGUGACCCUUAAAAUUUAUGCCGCGCAGCGGUGUUUGUGAAUAAAACAUUUUAAAAUUACAUAGCUUGUUAUAGUUAGCGGAAUAAUAAAUGCGAAACAUAAACAAAUUGUUAUUGUAUAGCGAGAAGAAGAUUUCAGUUUUCUCGAAAUGAAAUUUGAAUGCUGAAAUCAACUCUAAUGGCUUGGAAAACAACAAAAAAUAACCUAAAUAACAAUAAUCGCGGAAUCUUCAAAAGCAUCUUCGUUCAUCAAUCAAUAUCAUUUAUGAUUUAUCAUGUCUUAAUAUAAAAGCAACCACUCAACAUUAUUUUCUAUUACUUUUUCAUCCGCAGCGCUCACUAGAAGUUACUAGGUGAGUAGUUCGCAAAAAUCCAGGGAUAGUUCGGCGUGAUGUCCUUAAAAUAAACGGUAAUUGAAUUUGGGAUAUGAAGCGAGUGUAUUAGCUUAGUGGACUACCCACGGUACCUUCCCACCAUUUUAAUUCACUUACCUGAACCGCCCACUGGCAGUCCUGUUUUACGACUUUGCGCCUGCCUUGUUAGUACUACAAUAUAUUCAAUUGUCUUACUGUUUCCCGACCUCCGGAGUUUCUACUUCCACUCUGUUUAAUGUGUUUACUUAUUUUCAUUAAUUUUAUACCACCGAAAGUUUCCAGCAAUAAAAUGAAAUUUAAUGUUGAGCAAAUUAACUUGGAGGUCGUAAAAUGUUGGUUUGUCUGUCGAUAAAUAUGGCUGUCCAAUUUUCGAACAAAGGAAAGUGUAGAAAGGAAGUUAUUGUAUUAGUUAGAGGGGAUCAUUUACAGUUUGUUCUCAUUAUUUAUUCUGCUGGAGAGGAAUAGUAAUAUUUCAAAGAGCAGCGUUCGUUUAUGAGGAGUGGUCGCCCAGGAAGGCGCCAUCAAUCAACUGGGGCUGCAUUGUCUACUGUUUAAUGGGGCUUAUGAACUCAUUGUUGCCAUAAUUUAAGGGAAAUUAUCACGAUUCACGUUGAAUACUUGCUUUUCAAUUUGUCAAGUGAAUACAAUUUGUGCGAUGUAAGCAGUAAAUGUAUUUCACACUGUAAUUUCCAAAUCACACAUUAGGGGUUUAAAAGUAACCUGCUAUCAUGUUCAAAUUGAUGUACAUUGUAUGGAGGGUUAGAUUAAAUACCUUGGUUUUUCUCGCCGUAAUUUACUUUAAGUAUUAAGAUGUAGUUCUUGCUUAAUCACUGUAUUGAUCAGACAUUUAAGAGCUUUAACAAUUAAUCUGUCUUGUAGACUAAUUUGCUUGCAAACUAAUUCUUUGGGUCAACCUAUUCAUCAGAAUUCGUGUCUCAUUUGUCACUAUGUACGCUGUCUUCACUUGUUAAAACUGGCGAUUCUCAUGAAAAAUACUUGAAGAAAAAAUGUAAAUUCUUGGCAAAUAAAUUGUACACAAAGUAAAGUGCUUUCCUGAACGAGUGUCUUUAUAGGCGUGAUAAAACGAAGUGUGAUAAACGUCUAUGAUUCUUAAAGAUGUACCAAAAUAGUUGGUCGUUAAUAUUUUGAUGUACGGUGGUGGGUUUACAUGAAACUUUGAAAAAAAAAUGCAUAAUGACUAAAAAUAUGCAUCAUGUCAUAAAAUAAUUACGCAUUAUUUGCACAUCAUUAAAUCACAGGUAUGUUAUUAAGUGUGACAGUGUGUGAAUAUUCAAAGAUGCGGUUUUGGACAGGGCGACAUAUUUGAAACUCUGCCACGAGUUAUUCUGGUCCCGGCCGCGCGUAAACACCGACACGGAGACGAUAUUAGAUAUUAUUAUAUCUUGCAUUAUUAAUAUACACCGAUUAUAAGUUCUACUUAAAUUCAGUGAUUUUUUUUUGAGAUUUAUUAUUUUAGAUAUAGAACGCACUUGUGGCUGCCAGUGCUCUUUUAAUACGCGAUGUUUUAUCACUGAGUCACAUCUCAAACAGAGUAUUUCAUGUGCAUAAUAAUUAUCGUGAAUCGAGCUUUCAUUUAAUUAGCGACAAUGUUCAAUUUAUCAGACCUCAUUUAAUUAAUUCGUUUUGUUCACCGUAUGUGGUAAUACAAUAGUAUGUAGUAGUUUUAGCAGGCCAAGCAGCCAAAUCUAAAGCUCAAGUGACUUGCUUAUAUGAAUUACUGAAGAGAAUUAUCGGUAUACGCCUGAAUACGAGUGUUUUAUUUUAACUAAUUGAUCGUUUCGUAGUUAACCCCCAUUCAUUUAAUUGCUCAGUGUUUUAAGAAAUGAUACUGAUUAAUACUCAUUAUAGACAUUUGAAUACAACUUUACAUUAUUUUUCCCCCUUAUUAUAUUUUAGCAAAUUAACAAUAAAUCUGAUCAUGUUUCGAAAACAGUGUGCAACGCUAAAGCCUAUAAUCAGGUGAUAAUAUCAAGUAGAAACUCCGCUAACACUGCACAUUUAUUAAGUUUAACUUCGUUGAAACUGAAGCACGAGCCUUCAAUUACAGACCUAUUAAAUUCUAUCAAAGCUUCUUGAGUGACAUCAAAGAGAUUUCAGAUCAGCCCUCAGCGUUUAGUAGCAAAUAUAUACCGUUGAUCAUACAAUACGAAGUGAUUAAUUUUGGUAGGAAAAAAGAAAAACAUUUUCCAAGUAUUUUUGUAGGUACCCGAUUCAUGAGUCACACGACAGCGGACACUGAGUAAUAUGGUCUAUAUUUUUAAGAAUAGUAGACUGUUGUGAAGAAGACAGGUACAUGUCAUCGGUAUCGCGACAAUGUGGCUGUGAGGUGGCGCUAGAUCCACUCGUGGCCGUAAGAUGUGACGGUUUUCGUGGCGAGUCGCACGCGCAGUCCUCGCCACGCCUCGACCAAUAUAAACGUCGAUCGAAAUUAAAACAUAACGAGAAAGUAUGCGCGUUAGUUUAUCUUACAGAUCUGAUGUGGUACUUACGUAGUGACCUCGGACCGUGCACUUAUGAACACUUGUGCCGUGAAUGUGAUCAAUGAAAUUUUGUGUUUUAUGUGAUAGAAAAGUAUUUUGUGAUAUCUGAUGGUAAUGUAGUAAAACAACGUGCUUUGUAACUGUUCAAAUCAAACUGGCUUAUCUAUAUUUUGAUACGAUUUUGAAUGCGUACAUUUCGAAAUGCUACCGUGAAGUGAAGUUGGUAAUUUUGGUAAACAAAGAUUUUGGCGCCUUUUGUUCUACUCAGUCAGGAAUUAUACCUAUCCAUUAGGUUUAACUUAAAUUAAUAUUUUACUUUAUUACAUUUUCUUUUUUUCGUUAAGGGAGUUUCGAAUUGUACCUAUUGCGUAGAAAAUUGUAAAGUUAUUUAAAUUAUUUGCGUAAGUUUAUUCCGAUCGCAUACGUAACGUUGGCAAGAGAUUCUUUCUCAUCUUUCUAUUAUUUAAAGCUUCACUAGAUUACUAUAAAUACAAUUCUUAAAUUAGUUUCGUUAUAAACAUCAAUGAACCGUUAUAAUUAGUACACUAUAUUCUUACUAAAAGAAGUACUAGUAUUUCGUCCAAUAAUAUUGUUUAGAAAAUAACAAACUUUAAAGUUAUUUAUAACGCUUAUAAUUAAGAACAAAGAGUGUUAGUUACUUUGCUUCAUUGACACACGACAUUUAAUAACUAUUUUCAAUAAUUCUGCAAAGAUAACUCUCAUAGUCCUGUAAAUUAAAAAAAAACAGUCUUUGGGUACCUAUGUGCAAAAGAGAUGUCACUUUAGGCUGUGUAUAGCGCUGUCACACUUCCACAAUCAUAAUGAUAUUUAAGAUGUGGUUGACCCUCAGGUCACAUCAAGUGACCUGUCAUAAGGUCACUGACUAAUACACUGUUAUCAGAAAGCUUAACGGGCGUGAAAACUAUUUUAUGUUUAUAAAUAUUACUCAUGUAGGUGUAGAUACGCCACUGGAAACUAAACAAUCAAAUAUAUAUGGCUCAUAAAUGAAAAAUAAUAAUAAUUGAAUACGAAGAUCAUUGAACAUGGCGAAUAACUUCAAUAUCCAUAGUUCAUUUCACACCUCUGUUGUGUAUACGACUUUCUAUACGUGACAAUCUAUCCAUAAGUCGAAAACUUAAACCACAAAAUGAGUUCCUAUAACAUUAUAAGUUAUCAACUAAACUGAUAAAUUAACCUAAUGACUCUUAUCGCUGAACAAGUGAAAACAAUGUAAAACAAUAUAUAUUAAACGAUGUCAGUUUGAUCGAUUAACUUUUCCUUUUAGAGGCAAUGAAUAACUCACAUUCGAUAAUGUUCCCGAGCAUACAAAGGCGUGUGAAAAUUGCCUCGACAUUUUGCAGUAGGUACAUCACAAUAGAGAGAAAUUGCUCUCCAAUUUUAUUUUUCCAACACGUGAUUUCGGAUAAAACUUUAAUAACGUUAUUAACUUUAAGAAUUUAUAAUAUUAAUUUUGUUUAAGAGAGACUCUUGAUGACUUUGGCAUGGUUUUAGUCAUUAUUGUUGCAUAUUGGCUUUUUAUUUACGCAAAUGACAUCAAUAUUAUUAUAUUAGAAUCUAUUGUCAAAUGCAUUCAAUUUUAAACGAUUAAGUAACACACACAACACACGACACUUAACAAAGAGUAAAAUGGGUUGAAAUUUUCAAUUUCAUUUUGCAGACAAUGUACAUAGGUACAUACUUAUAAUAAAAGCCAUUUCAGUAUAAUAUAGUGAUAUUGCUUUUAUUAAAGUAAUGAGGCUUUAUUGCCUUAACUCGCCAUUUAUAACAUCAUAUUCGCACACUAUCUAUACCUAAGUUAUAUUACCAAGCUACUUAAAUAAAUCUUUUAUAAAUUAAUGUUUAUCUGUAGCUUUUACCUUGUGGAUAUAAGUUUCUCAGGGUUUAAGUUAUUUCCAUGACAACUUUUAUAAAAAUCGGUUUACUGAUUUAGACUAUGAACUUCACAAAUUACUUAAUUUUCUAUUGAAAAAACAAUCUCUUAUAUCGGUUCAAUAGAUGUUAUUACAGGUACCUGCUUGGUUAUUAAAUAAUUACAUAAGGCCGUAUUAAUUGGUUUAGGUAUAGGUAAACAUAUCAUUAGGCUUUGUCCACUGAAGGUGGCUUAAUAACCAGAGACUCAUUACUCAUUAUUUAGAUUCUAAUUACACUUAACAUGAAUUUAAUUUAAGUACCUAAUCAUUGAGCCCAAUCUAACUAGUUUUUUUCUAUAAUCUAACCUAGAGUUGUAACAGAUGAAAGUUCUGAUAACAACGAUUAAGCGAAAUCUAAGGCCGUUAGCGAACUGGUAACAACACUAGUUUGUUCUUAUAUAGACGUUCUACUAAUGAUGGUGAUACACUGGACUACAUCCUUGUAAUGUAAAGUUAGUUUUUUUGAAUUUUCAAACUUCGCCCUUUCCAUAACGCCCGCGCUCAUGCAAAAGCUCUACAAAAUGUUCGAUUCGAAAAGGAUUUUUAUCGAGCGCCUUUUUGUUCCGUUACAAGUAAAUGCUCAAGUGUGUCAAUACCAUAAUGUAAAUAUAAUAAGGGCGUUUAGUACACAUAUCAAUAAAAUACAAAUAAAUAAUUCUGACACAACUAAAUGAGGAAUACCAACAAACUUCAUCCUAGUUGCUAUUUAUUCGAUAAACAUUGGUAGUUGAUUAAAUAUGUAUUAAAAUACAACAUAUGAGUAAAGAAUAGAAAACUUCAUAAUAACUGCUUUAUCAAUGUUUAAUUGGCACGAGCGAAUUUAAACGGUAUCCUGGAAAAUGCGGUUCUCCCAUACAAAUUUCAUGAGCCGAUGACAAUUUUUGUACAGCAAAAGCAUAAUUUCAUAACCGUAUAGAACUGCGCAUUAUAAAUUGGUCUAAAACAUCUAUUUGGUUAUGAUACUUUAAAACCUUCUUUGUGUUAGCACGUGCUAAUAGUCACAUGAAAAUAAUACGUGUCAAGACUUGAUGGAAAGAUUGGCUAGAAAGCAAGGAUAUAGUGUAACCAAAUUAUCUGCCUUAAGUACGCUGAUCGUAAUAUUUUUGCGUGUUAGAUUUUCAUUUCAUUUCAUCAUUUCGUUUUAAAAUAAUGAUUGGUCGGCUAUUCAAGAACUUCUUUAACAAUUCUAGUAUGGAUUCAGUAAUUUUAAAUUAAGCUGGCUAAAUUACUUGAAUGACAUUCAUGAGAUUACAAAGAAUUAGAAUUAUAAUUGUUUAAUUGAAAUUAAUGCCUUACUUUUACUUACCAAUUUUUAUACAAUGGUUGGAACAGCGAGUAUUUAUACAUUUAAAUGAAUGUUACAACGUACCUGUAUACUUUGUUUCUUUAAGCAUAACUUUCCUGCACAGUCCACUGACUCCACAACUCCAACAUCACCGCUAUCUCCACAACAAACAUUUACAUUAACUUAUCGAUGUAUGUACUACAUAUUAUUUUAUGAUAAAUAGGUUAGACUAGUUAUCUAUACAUACAUUAUAGAAUUUGUAUGACGCAGUAUAAUCAAUGUACCUAAGUAUAACAAUAGUUUGUGUACUGACUACAGCCGGCGCGCGGCGUCCCGUUCUGAAAUGAAACAACCUCUCAAGGGGACAAAUUAAUGUGUUUUGGGACCUAUUUCUCAUUUUGAUACUCUUUAUCCAUAGCCUUGGUUUAUUUUAAUAUUACAUCAACAGAAUAUUAAGAUUAUGUUUAUUUACAUUGCAGACAAGGAGAAUAAUGAGUAGUGAUAAUGCUUACUCGACUUUAUUUGGUACGCCUGUCUUAAUAGACAUAUUAAAUAGCUUUAAUAUUUACUCAAUAUUAAUAAAACAUCCUAAUAUAACCGUAAAUACAAACCAUAACGAAAAUAAAACGUUCGUAACGUGUAGCAUGCAAGUAACAUAAUUAUUAAAUGUUUUAUUACUAUUUUCUACACAUUUUUCUUUACUUCACGUUGUUUUGCUACUUUACAAUCACAAAGCACUUAACUAAAUUAUAAAAAUGUAAAGAAAAAAAAUAUUGAAGAUUUAGAUGAGAUAAUGUGAAAGUUCGUACCAGCGCCAUCUAGAAUUCAGUGCCAACAUUACUCUUACCAAGAAACGAACCAUUUCGAACAAUGUUGCCAAUCGCUGAAACGGACGAGGGCGCCACUGCUCGGUUGUCGAUGAAUGCCAGGCAUCGACGAACGCGCGACCGAGUCGUGACUGCUGAAAUGCGAGCGGUGCGGCGCCGCCGGGGUUGGACUGUAGUGGGCUCUGAAACUAGCUUCGAUGUGGAGAACGGGGGUGGUGCGGGAGGCGCGGGGGGCGCGCGCUCCCCCCUCGAGGGGGGCUCGCCGUCCACCGCGCUCGUCCUGCAGGCCAUGCCGCAGCGCCGCGAGUCCUUCCUCUACCGCUCAGACUCCGACUUUGAAAUGUCGCCCAAGUCCAUGUCCAGAAACAGCUCGAUCGCCAGCGAGAGAUUCAAGGAGGCCGAGGCGGCACAACUGGACAGAGCCCACGGGGAAGACUUGAUCGUGACGCCCUUCGCGCAGGUCCUGGCGAGCCUGCGCAGUGUUCGCACCAACUUCUUAUGCCUCACCAACGUGCCGGCCUCCAAAUCACGAAGGUCUUCGGGCGCAGCUACCGCUGUUACACCACAACCCAAGAAUUUCAACCCCGGAGACGAAGCCUACAUGAAGCUAGCGUUAGAAACUGUGGAGGAGCUGGACUGGUGCCUGGACCAGCUGGAGACCAUACAAACACACCGCUCGGUCUCCGACAUGGCUUCCCUCAAGUUCAAGCGCAUGCUGAACAAGGAACUGAGCCACUUCUCCGAGUCCAGCAAGUCCGGCAACCAGAUCUCCGAGUACAUCUGCUCCACAUUUUUGGACAAGCAACAAGACAUCGACUUACCAUCUCUACAAGUGGAUGAGACUACCGAGCGUGCUAAGAAGAAGGAGAAACCUCGUCAUGCCGGCCCUGCUACUACCAUGUCACAAAUUUCUUCUAUUAACCAGAUCUCUGGCGUGAAACGGACACUGACGCACACCAACAGCUUCACUGGAGAACGCGUUCCACGAUAUGGAGUAGACACUCCUCAUGAGGAAGAUCUCGGCCGUCAAUUGGGAGAAAUUGACCGAUGGGGUGUGGACAUCUUCCGCAUCGGCGAUCUGUCUUGCGGACGACCCCUCACUGCUGUCGCCUACGCCGCGUUCACAUCCAGGGAGCUGCUGGGCACGCUGCAAAUCUCGGCGCGCACUUUCCUCGCCUUCGCUUUAACUCUGGAGGAACACUACGUGCGAGACAACCCGUUCCACAACUCCCUGCACGCCGCUGACGUCACACAGUCCACCCACGUGCUGCUCAAUACUCCGGCACUUGACGCAGUGUUCACACCCAUAGAGACAUGCGCGGCCUUGUUCGCGGCGUGCGUACAUGACGUGGAUCAUCCCGGCCUUACCAACCAGUUCCUCGUGAACUCAAGCUCGGAGCUCGCUCUGAUGUACAAUGACGAGUCAGUCCUAGAAAAUCAUCAUCUUGCCGUAGCAUUCAAGCUACUCCAAAACGAAGGUUGCGACAUAUUCAUUAAUCUCCACAAGAAACAGCGACAGACUCUACGCAAAAUGGUUAUAGACAUGGUGCUCUCCACGGAUAUGUCUAAACACAUGAGUCUACUGGCAGACCUUAAAACCAUGGUUGAAACUAAAAAGGUAGCCGGAAGCGGCGUGCUGUUGCUAGACAAUUAUACUGACAGGAUACAAGUGUUGGAGAAUCUCGUACAUUGCGCCGAUCUGAGCAAUCCCACUAAACCACUGCCGCUCUACAAGCGAUGGGUGGCAUUACUUAUGGAAGAAUUCUUCCAACAAGGAGACCGUGAAAGAGAACAAGGAAUGGACAUAAGUCCAAUGUGUGACAGACACAAUGCGACGAUAGAAAAAUCUCAAGUCGGAUUCAUCGACUACAUUGUCCACCCGCUCUGGGAGACAUGGGCUGAUCUAGUACAUCCAGACGCCCAGGACAUAUUGGACACCCUGGAGGAGAACCGCGACUAUUAUCAAAGUAUGAUUCCACCGUCACCGCCACCAGCGCCCAUUCAGACGCAUUCUAUGCCCGAUGACGACCGCCCCGAACAAAUACGCUUUCAAGUAACGCUAGAGGAGGGUGAGGGCUCAGAAGACUGCGAAGGUGAGGGCGAUGGUGGGAUGUGACGGAAACUAUUGGGAAUCUGCAAGAAACUCACUGAGAAGAUGCAAGUGUGGUGGAAGCUCUGGCAGUAGGGCGGCGCCGGCCGGGCCGGUGCGGGAUCUUGUUGGAUAAUAGUAAUACUUGUUGACGCUUACCCUCGAAAUGGAACGAUCCAGAAGCAUCGUCACAUUUCGAUCAUGAUUAUUUUUAUGUGAUUAUUACGCAAUGUUGUUUAGAAAAAUACCUAACGACUAAAUAAUUAUGUCCCUCCAAUGACUGUAACGUUCGAUUGUCUAGUAUUUUUACUAUUGUUUCGUUUUGUCUAACCAAAGAUAUAUGAAAUGUUCUUUCGUUCACGGAGACGUUCGAUAAUCCCUGUAAGUAGUUAGUAUUCGGUUCUUAACGAGUCGUGUAAGUAGUUAUAGUCAUCGAUGCCGCAUAUAUCGGCUCGACUAAGUAAGGACAUUGAAAACGCUUAUUAAUUGGUAUGAAAGGGUAAUUUAUAUUGUCAUAUCAUCCACGUUUCUCAUAUUUAAUACGGGUUUGCGAUAAUGAUGUUAUUCACCAAAAUAUAUUAACAUAAUAGAUAUCCUAAAUAUAAAAUCUAUUUUAAGGUAAAUUUUAAAAAUUGCCUUUCGGAGUUGUUGUUGUGUCUUUUUUCUGAAUAUAAAAUAUUCGGCCAACCUCUUACCGUGGCAGUGGCCGUGGCUCUGUCAGCUCCCACGCCGCCGUCAACUCCGACGUAGCGACUCCCGGUAGUGUCCCGGUACCGGCUGCCCCAGCCGCCUGCACCGCGGGCAAGUUCGGUGUUAUUGGAAGGUCGAAUUCAUUCAUAGGAUCUCUCUCUUCUUAUUUGGUCGGGGGUCAAAAAGACACUUACCGAAUUCAUCCUAUUAGAAAGCUUUACUUGAUUUUUGUAAACCUAAAUGCACCUCAUUACUUAUGGAGGAUCGCUGGCGAUCCGUUUACUUUCUCUUUAGAGUAAUGUAUUAUUAUUUUUGUAAUAUUACCUAUUUUAUUCUAGUAACCUUUUAUCCAAAUACAAAACAAAAAAAAUAUAGUCAUGAAUCUUAAAGUUUUCGUGUACGCAACUAACGGCUUGAAGUGUUUGAUUAAAAUGUUAAGUACUAACAAAUGAGUGGUUUGCGACUAAGUUUUAUUUUGAGUGGAUUCAAAUAUUUGCUGAAUUAAGUCCAAACUUGACGGCGCGGGCCGGGUCUUGCAAUAGUAGUAGGUAGUUCCCGAAACAUUUCGCACAAUUGUUUCUGCAUCAUCCAUUUCAUGGCAAAUAUUCUCCUCUCAUUACUGUCGAUCAUAUCAAACAAUAUCAGUAUCGCUGUGCAGAUCUGAUUUCAACGAUUACAAUAUUUGUGUACCUACAUAGGUUCUCUUGUAAGGAAAAGAAUGUAACUGAUACUUUUUAAACUAUAUGUAACACCCACUGUGUAAAAGAUGUAAUAUAAAUAAGUAGAUGUCUGAAAAUUGUACAUUGGAUGGAAAACCUGGUUCUUGUUGAGUUUCAUGUUCGUCAGUUGCGACCUUUUCAUGUUUGUGACAAUGUUAUAUCAAUUAGCAGCACAUAGCCGACGCACUCGGCAUCCUGUUAUGGAUAUAUAACUUCGUGUAGGUACAAUAGUAUAAGGAGGGUGUAAUACUUAAUGAACCUGUAUUAUGUUUGCAUUUCAUCAUCCAUCUUUUUAUGUUUAAUGGACGUUUUAAGAGCUGGUCUCUAUUCCUUCAUGUACUCAAAAGAUAUUUUGUUUUAAAAACUGAUUAAAUUAUUUAGUUCCUCGCA